CGGGCGGGGAAAGCGGCCGUGCGGUGCAGGCGCCAGCUUUGACCGGGCCGACGACGACAGAUACGACGGGCAGGGCCACACCACAAGGGUCCAUUACACAGGCCCAGCAGGAGCAAUCACGGCGGCCCGUGACUCAGCCCAGCUCGUUAUCGCGCUUGCGUCGGGCCCGUGAUCGCGGGCCGACCUUGCUGCAGCCAGGCCCAAGCGGCCCCUUUUGACUUGGUUGCCUGCCAGUUGUUUGACCUGUUGCGUUUCAAAGUCGUACUUGACUGAGAUCCCAGCCGCCACAGAUGGCAGAGCUGCUCAGACGACACAGCGGCUGGAUUUACAGGAGGCAACGGAUCCCCUCCAGCUCCCAACAGACAACGGCGGGUAGCCCCCAGCCCCCAGCCGCCCUGCUCUCCACCUGUACGGCCGCCAGCAACGCCGCGCGGUCGCGCCACGCGCUUGACCCGUCGCCGGCACCUGUAUCUUGCUUGCGACUUGUCCGCGAGCGCAGGCCCGCACGACACCCCAUCACAAUUUUGUUUCGCCGUCGCAGCGCAGCCUCGAACCCCCUCGAACCAGCCAGCCAGCCAGCCGUGCCGCCUCGUCCUGCUUCUCGCCGCAGCCGGGCCGGACCUCACCUGGACCCGACGAUGGCCAGCAGCAGCGCCGGAACGCCCGGCGCAGCCUGCGGCUACACCUACAGCUACUGCUCGAGCCACGGCUCCUACGCCAGCGUCGCGAACCACCAGCUCACGGGGCAGAGGUCCAUGCCGGCCUCCCUCGCGGCCGCCUUCGCGCCGUGCGGUGGCGGCGGCGGACGCCAGUGGCCAAGAACGAGAAUCCUCGGGGACGGCGGCGGCGCGCGCGCGCCUGGGGGCGUGGCGGGGGCGGUGGCGCGCGCGCUGUGGGCGUGGAUCGGGAGGGGGAGGAGGAAGGUGGCGGCGAUAGGCCGGAGCGCCUCGUCGUCGGCGAAGGUCCAGUACGGGCGCGAGGAGUACGCGCAGAACUUCGACGAGGGCGCCGCGGCGAGGGAGCCCGAGAACCUGCCGCGGUCCUUCUCGGCGCGGUACGCCAGGCAAGCGCCCCCACCACGGCGCUCAGGCUAAUCUGGACGGGUGGUGGUGCGAUUUUGAUGGCGCGCGAGGGAAAGGAAAUUACCGGCGGCCAUGACCCAAGCGCUCGACCGGUGCGCGCUGUGUGUUUUGAGCGGCGCUUCCGUGGGAGCGUGCACAGCAAAACUGCAGUGGUCGCGAUGAUCGUGCUAGGCCGGGCACACUUCUCAUUUCUGGGUCGUGAAGUACUUGUAGCAGACUAUCAGUUGUAUGGCGGGUUAAAAGCCCAUCAAGGUUCCGUUCAAAAAUAGAGCUGAUCAAGGUAGUAUUAGUUAAGUAAA